AUGACAGCUGCACCACCGGUGCACCACCCUGUUACGGACAGUGGCAUGCCUGGUCACCUGGUUAAUCUCCCGCGCUAUCAUCCCAUUGCCAUGAAUCCUAAUCCUCCACAUCCAUCAAUGCCUCCUCCGGAGCAGAUGGUGCAGAGUCACCACCAUUUCCGCCAUUUUGCGCCAAUGCAUGAGCAUCACCAACAAGGCGUACCUCCAGUACACAGUCCAGCCACACUAGAACAUAUUGAAGCUCGGCUCCGCCAUCUAGAGCAUGAAGAAAUGGCUCGCAUGGCCACUCGCAGCCGCAUUCUGGCAAUGCGCAAGCACGAGGAUGAAGAAUUUCGAUCCAUGACUGAACGGGCCGAGGCGGAGGAAGAGGACCUACGGAGACAGCGCAAGAAGCUGAAGAGGGAAUCUAUGGGCCUGGGGCCCAAUGCCAACGCCGACUCGCCGCCUCUCCGGCCAACACCUCCGCGGCGGCUAUCAGAAACCAGCGCCGCAACAACAUUGGCCUUCUUUAAGCAACAGAGUCCUCCCGAGCCCCGCCAAACACCUCUCCCACCUUCACAGGCUCCUCCGAUGCCACCACCACCACACAUCCACCAACCUCACCACCAUCCAGCUCCCCCACCACCCCCACCAUCCCAACAUCCCCAUGCCCACCCAAUUGUCACCCAUGACUCAAUACACGGCGCUGGUUCCAUCCGCCGCAAACAAAAAUACACCAUCAAAAACGUAGAAGCGUGGGGCGAACGCCACGGCCGACCAGCAGCUCACGACUCCUCAGGCCGAGCUCUCUGGAAAAGACCCUCAGACGGAAGCCUGGUCUACCUAACAUGUCCAAUCCACGGCUGCAACAAAUCGGACUUCGUCACCCUCCACGGCUUCAUGUGCCACCUCACAAAGAAACACAAAGACCGAACCCUAGGCAGCCAGUCACGCGCCCUAGAAGUCUGCGGCGUAGUCUACGACCCAUCCGCCCCCCUCCCGCCAGUCAUGAACACACACCGCGCCUCAACAGAAGAGAGCCCACACUCAGCACACAUGGACCAAGACCUGGGUGACGGCGACGGCGACGGCGACGAAAUGGACUCGGACUCGGAAGCUGAUGAACCGUACCGCGUCAAAACUGAACUCCCAGAUCGAGAUCGAUACAUGCCUGAUGCAGAGGGGACGCCGGUUGAUUCGUUCAAUGCUGCUUCUACGCCUCCCAAGCCUGCCCUUCUUAAUGGCAAUGGCUCAACUAAACAAUCCAUCUCUUCUAUCAUCGACCGCACGCCUGAUUCUGAGCCGAGAGAGGCGCUGGCGCACUUGCCGGCUUCUGAGGCUGUUGUGCAGGGUCCUUCGCCUACGCCUACUGAAUCUUCUAUUUCGGGGUUGAAGCGCAAGUUUGAGUACUCGCAGCCUGAAAAGGAGAAUACUGAGCCUAAAAAUGGUGUUCAUGAGUGA